UUGUACUGAGAUCGUGCAGUUCUGAGAGGUUUGUCCCAGGCAGGCAUCAGUAGUGGGAUCAUGUGAUCAGCUAAUGAGGAAGUGAGAGUGCACAGAGGAGUGCUGCAGGGAGAAGCAGAUGAGUUGAGCAGCUCUGCGCUGUAACUCUGUGUCUCACAUAUAGACACAUCCCAUCCGGCUCAAGAUGUCUAUGCCGGGCUCCUUGGGCAGGAGUGGAAGUUCUGAAGGUUCAGUAUGGAGUCUGUUAAUGCUUCUUUUGCUUUCUGCUGUAUGUUCUGGAGCCCCAUCACAAGAAACCCAGCCCAGCCCUUUGCAGUGUAAUUUGUCCCCCAACAGCCGAUUCGACUGUGCCCCAGAAAAGAUUGUCAGUAAGGAAGAGUGUGAGGCUCGUGGCUGCUGUUACUCUCCAGCAGAACAUAACGGGAAUAUUGGGCAGCCAUGGUGCUUUUAUCCCCCAAGCUAUCCCAGUUACAAGAUGGACAAUUUAACCCAGACGGAUAGAGGAUACAGUGCCACCCUCAAGCGUUCCAUGGGUACGUUCAUGCCUCGUGAUAUAAUGACCUUGCAGCUGGAAGUUUUCUUCGAGACAGAGAGUAGACUCCAUUUUACUAUCAAAGAUCCUGCUGAGAAACGCUAUGAGGUUCCAAUACCCACUCCGCAGGUCCAUGGCAAGGCACCCAAUACACUCUACGAUGUCCAAUUUUCCUGUGACCCUUUUAGUUUGGUCGUUCGCAGAAAGUCCACCGGGCAAACUUUGUUGAACACCACUCUGGCUCCACUGAUAUUUGCAGAUCAGUUCUUGCAGAUCUCAACAUCCCUUCCCUCUGGUUAUCUGUACGGUCUGGGGGAACACUAUAUUGCUCUUAAUCUCAGCCUUCAGUGGAAUCGCCUCACUUUUUGGAACAGAGAUUUGAGACCUUCAAAGGAUUCUAACUUGUAUGGGUCUCAUCCAUUCUACCUGUCCAUGGAGAAAGGUGGCUCAGCUCAUGGGGUGUUCCUGUUAAACAGCAAUGCUAUGGAUGUAUUAUUGCAGGAAGCUCCAGCUCUGACCUGGAGAACUACCGGAGGAAUCUUGGAUUUCUAUGUAUUCCUUGGACCUGAGCCAAAAUCCGUGAUUCGACAGUAUCAGGAUGUUAUUGGAUAUCCAUUUAUGCCUCCCUACUGGAGUCUUGGGUUCCACCUUUGCCGUUGGGGGUAUUCAACGUCAAAUUGCACUCGACAAGUGGUGAAAAAUAUGAGGGAUGCAAAAUUUCCACUGGAUGUGCAGUGGAAUGAUAUCGAUUACAUGGAUGCCAUGCGAGACUUUACAUACGAUGCAAACAGAUAUGGGGAUUUUCCAGAGAUGGUGAAAGAGUUCCACCAACAGGGCAUGAAAUACAUCAUGAUUGUGGACCCAGCCAUCAGCAGCUCCAACACACCUGGGAGUUACCCACCAUAUGAUGAUGGCCUGAAGAGAGGAGUGUUUAUCACUGAUGAUAAAGGAAAACCUCUUGUAGGAAAGGUCUGGCCUGGCCUCACUGUGUUUCCUGAUUUUACAAAUCCGGAGACAUUUAGCUGGUGGUAUGACAUGGUGACACUUUUCCAUGACCAAGUGCCUUUUGAUGGGAUGUGGAUUGACAUGAAUGAGCCCUCAAACUUUGUCAAGGGCUCGGUAAAUGGAUGCCCCAACAAUGAGCUGGAGAACCCUCCCUACGUUCCUGGGGUAGUUGGAGGCUCACUUAGUUCCACCACCAUCUGUGCCUCCAGUCAGCAGCAUUUAUCCUCACACUACAACCUUCACAAUCUCUACGGACUCUCUGAGGCAGUGGCUACCUACUAUGCUCUGAUUAAAGUUCUGAAGAAGCGUCCCUUCAUCAUUUCUCGCUCAACAUUUGCUAGUCACGGUCACUAUGCUGGCCACUGGACUGGAGAUGUGGUGAGCAGUUGGGAACAGCUUUAUUACUCUGUACCAGCCAUACUCAGGUUCAACAUGUUUGGUGUUCCGAUGGUAGGAGCAGAUAUCUGUGGAUUUGGGGGUAACACUACAGAGGAGCUCUGUGUGCGCUGGAGCCAACUGGGAGCCUUUUAUCCUUUUAUGAGAAACCACAAUGAUCAAGAUUCAGUGUCACAGGAGCCGUACGUGUUCAGCGGUGAAGCACAGAGCGCUAUAAAGUCGGCCUUGCUUAUUCGCUACACGCUCCUUCCGUAUCUCUACACCCUAUUCCACAAGGCUCACAGUUCUGGGGAGACCGUGGCCAGAGCUCUUUUUAUCGAGUUUCCCACUGAUCCAAACACGUGGACAAUUGACCGGCAGUUUCUUUGGGGGGAGGCUUUACUGAUCACGCCUGUUUUGGAGCAGGGGAAAACUGAAGUAAAUGCAUACCUCCCUAUUGGAACGUGGUAUGCUCCUGAAUUGGGCACAGGGAUUGAGAGUAAAGGCCAAUGGAUGGUGCUUCCUGCUCCACUAGACAAGAUCAAUUUUCACAUAAGAGGAGGUUAUAUCUUACCUGCCCAGAUGCCUGGUAUGAACACAGAGGAGUCUCGCAAGAAUGACCUGCUGCUAGUGGUGGCACUAAACCCUGAUGGAGUUGCCCGCGGUGACUUGUACUGGGAUGAUGGUGAAAGUUUGGGAACAUUUGAGAGACAGGACUACACUCACGUUCUCUUCAUAGCUGCAAAUAAUGUCCUGCUGAAUGAGCUCAUCCGGCUGAACAGUCAGGCAGAUGGUUUAAAACUGGGACUGGUGACUGUUUAUGGGGUGCCCAGCCCCCCUAAAAAAGUCCUGGUAAAUGGCAUUGCGAGUGAAGAUUACUCUUACACCUUAGAUACAAAGGUGCUGGUUAUAAUGAACCUUUCUUUGCCUAUAGUACAAGAGUUUGUGAUCACAUGGACUUUAUAGGACUCGUCUGCUGCUGACAUGCUGCUUUGGAAUAAAUUGCACUGAACCAUUUCAUUAAUUUACUAUAAUUAAAAU